AUGGCUAGGGGUCCAACAAACGAAGUGAAUGGGUUACCUAAGGCGGUAUUAGAGAAGCACGAGUCGGCCUUGCUGAUGCUGCUCGGGUUCGGUGGGUUUUCCAUCAUACUUGCCAUGUUGCAUAACGCCGUACGUAAACACAUCUUCCACGACGAACACAACUUGGACACGACGUUUGACGCCGGCGGAAACGUUAGUAUGAGUCUGACGGCUGUCACUGUUGCGUCACAGCUGUUCUGGCCCGGGGACAUCCUUCACAGUGCUACACUUACUACCAAGAACGGAAUCGCCGGACCUUUCUGGUAUGCUGUUGGAAUCAUGAUCAACAUCUUCAUCUUCCCCAUAUUCUCAGUGAAGUUUAAGACCCGCGCCCCGGGAGCCAAGACCUACCUACAGGUUAUCCAUGCCAGAUUUGGAAAAACAGCACACAUCGUCUUCUGUUGUUUUGCUCUUCUUACGAACCUGGUCAUCAUGAUCGGCCUGUUAUUGGCUGGACGGGCUACAAUCCAGUCACUCACUAAGGACGCGUCGGACGAAUUCUGUUUACUUGUGAUGGCCACCCUGUUUGGGUCCUACUCUCUGAUUGGUGGAAUUGGAACAACAUUCUAUGUCUCCUAUUUUAACGCCUGUCUCGUGUUUACGCUUUUAAUAGUGUUUGUUGUCAAAAUCCUCCAUAGCGAGAGUGAAUUUGAUAAUAUUGGUGACGUCACUAAAAUGUAUAAUGUUAUUUCUUGCGUAAAAGGACCAAAAGAGAACGCUGAAUAUAGUUUCAUCACUUUCCGGUCUGGAGUAGCCCUUUUGUAUGGCGUCAUUGAAGUUUUUGUAUCAUCUGCUGUUACAUACUGCGAUCAAGCGUCUUGGCAGAGCAGAAUCGCCGCCAAACCUGUUCAGGGCGUAUGGGGAUUCAUUCUGGCCGGCUUUAUGUGGUUCUCCAUCCCUUCAACUAUGGCAACCACAACAGGCAUGGCCUACAUUGCCCUUAGUGCCGAAAAUGGCACACAUCUCCUCAACAACGGUCAGCUAGAUCAAGGGUUAGUGACCCCAUUGAUCGCUGAGAAGAUUCUUGGAUCUGCUGGUGGCAUCCUGAUUCUAACGAUGGGUGCUAUGGCUCUGAUGUCGACAGGAUCUGGCGAGGUGAUGGCUAUAUCAUCUAUUGUUGUCUACGACAUCUACCAGACCUACGUCAGGCCGUUCCGUCAGGGAUUAAAAAGGACUCACUGUGUGUUAUGUGGUCGUACCAAGAAGCAGACUAUAACAGCUACAUAUGCAAACGACUCUGAACGUGACUUGCUUUGCCAGUGCCGUAGCGUUAGUCGAUGUCACCACUGUGUUGAGGACAUGCGCAGAGUGAACCGGAAGUCAGCUUCGGGUAUACAACCCCAUUAUCAGUGUCCGGUUCACGGUCGGUACCGUGAGUACCAGGACUACUUGAUCGAGUUUAAGAACUGGUGUAUUAUAUGGGUUACUAUUUCCAUCAUACCUCUUGGACUUAUCAUAUUUGAAACCGGUAUCGACCUCAACUGGAUAUUCUACUCUGGGGCCAUCCUCACCAUCCCGUGUUUCCCACCCGUCAUGCUGUCCAUCCUGUGGGUUAAGGCGACGUCGAAGGGACUUGUGUCAGGUGGGCUUGCUGGACUGUUUCUGGGUGUGACGGCUACACUGGCAGCCGCGUCCAUGUACGAGGGGGGACUCAGCAACUUCCUUCUCAACACCGUACAAGACUAUACCAUUCUAGCUGGCACCUGCUGCAGUUUUGGAGCUAGUUUGAUUGGCUGCAUAGUUGUGUCUUUAUUCACCAAUCAAAUUAAAACGAGUUCUGACGAAGAUAUUGAGUGGCAGAAGUUGUAUGAUAUAGACAACCCGCUGAAUCCGUGGGAACUCAACUACCGCGAGGAGCUUAAGGGUCUCCAUUAUGAUACCAAACCAACCUUCGAGCAAAUGUCUUCUACUUUCCGCAAGGCCAAGAUGACGGCCUAUAUUGGCGGGACGUGCAGCAUCGUCGUCGUCGCCUUCAUUAUUCCUGGUAUCAUGGCCAGUUUCCCGAUGAUGGACGAGACACAGUUUGUAGUGUGGUUCGGGUUUACGCAGGCCUGGGCCGUCAUCAUGGCUCUCGUCGUUAUCAUCGCCCCGCCAGCAGAAGAAAUUACCCGUAUCGUCAGACAAUAUCGAGUGAACAAGGAGCGACAAAAGGAUUACACGAACGGUUGUCUAGAGGAACAACCAAUGAGCGAAAUCACGGAUAAAACUCUGUUAGACGGAAGUACGCCAGUAGCAAAGUUAUAG